AAAGCUAUUAUAGCGCCCCUGGGCCAAGUAAAUGCGCAAUUUCACCUCACAAUUGUUCUUCGGCGCAUGAGAUACUUCGCGAGUGAAAGUUUAUAAUCCUUCACCUCUGCAUAUUUACGGCUACAAUUUUAGUUGUACCGCGUGCCCCGUUGUGGUCACUGGUCAGUAAACUCGUCAGUUUUGAUGACAUUGUUGAUCCAUUGUAGCUAUUAUUGACUUUGCUUCUUCAGGAAAUCAUAGUUCAGAGAAAUUGUACCAUAAAAAUGCAAGCGAUGAGUAGAACAGCAGUGUCUUCGGACAUCAUUAUUAUUACUGGUAACUCUCAUACAGAGUUAGCCAACUUGAUUGGAGAGCGACUUGGGACUAGAAAUAUCGGAUGUGCUGUAUACUACAAAACCAAUAGAGAAACCAGCGUUGAAAUUGGAGACUCUGUCAGGGGUAAAGAUGUUUACAUUUUGCAAACAGGAACCAAAGAUGUAAAUAAUAAUAUAAUGGAGCUGCUAAUCAUGGCUUAUGCUUGUAAAACAUCAUGUGCCAAAAGCAUUGUUGGUGUAGUUCCUUAUCUGCCUUAUUCAAAGCAAUGUAAAAUGCGCAAGCGUGGUAGUAUUGUGUCAAAGCUACUAGCCAGGAUGAUGUGCAAAAGUGGCUUAACUCAUCUUAUAACGAUGGAUUUACAUCAAAAAGAAAUACAAGGUUUCUUUGACUGUCCGGUUGACAAUCUCAGAGCUAGUCCGUUCCUACUACAAUACAUACAAGAAUCUAUUCCGGACUUUCGGAAUUCCGUGAUUGUGGCGCGUAAUCCUGGCAGUGCUAAAAAAGCUACUAGUUAUGCCGAACGUCUUCGAUUGGGAAUCGCAGUUAUUCACGGUGAACAGCGAGAAGCUGAAACUGAUAUGAACGAUGGACGGUACUCUCCACCUACACUUUCUUGCCUGAGGACAAUACAAGGAGUUAGCGUUGGCGUGCCCGUUCACCCAGCUAAAGAAAAGCCUCCAAUUAAUGUGGUAGGUGACGUUGGUGGACGUAUUGCUAUUAUGGUCGACGACAUGAUCGACGAUGUCCAGUCCUUUGUCGCAGCAGCUGAAGUGCUCAAGGAACGAGGUGCUUACAAAAUUUAUGUAUUAGCUACUCAUGGGUUGCUCAGCAGUGAUGCUCCAAGAUUAAUAGAAGAAUCACAUAUUGACGAGGUGGUUGUAACUAAUACUAUUCCUCAUGAAAUACAAAAAAUGCAGUGCCACAAAAUUAAAACAGUUGAUAUCAGUAUUCUUCUAGCAGAAGCUAUUAGAAGAAUUCAUAAUAAGGAAUCAAUGUCUUAUCUUUUUAAAAAUGUCACUUUGGAGGAUUAAACAUACGAUCGCUGAAUGAUUCGCUCAUUCUUGUGAGCUAGUUGAACGUAUUUGAAAAAACAACUCCUCCACAAAAAAGUAUUGAGAAAAAUACAUUGUAUUUGUGUAAUAAUUUAAUGCUCAUGAACGAUUACAAGAUUUAGCUGUUUAAGUUAUUUUUCUAAAACUUGAAAUGUUACAAAAAUCUUUUGCAAUACAUAGAGAAUCAAAAUUGUUUGGUUCUCAUUUUUUUAUGUGAUUGAUUUCCUUUUCAAAUUCUUAAAAUUACUGUAAAAUGUUAUUUUGUUCAGUUGAUGCUAUAUACUGUUAAAUUUGCUGUGUUUCAUUUUCUAAAUCAUGUAUCAUUAGAUUUAGUUAUUCAAAGAUUACUUAAACACGAGAGAUUGUUGACAUUUUAAUAAGACUAAGAAAACAUUUUUGAUUGAUUUUUUUUUGUUUUAACAUAUAUUUUUAAUUAAUCUGUUUUUAUCAUUAUUUUUAUAUAUAAUAAUAUCAUUAUUUACUAUUAGUACCUUACCAAAAUAUAGCUUUAAGAAAGUAAUGUUAUUUUUAAAGAUUUGGAUAUAUAUCGCACUUGACUAUUGGAAAAGUAAUAAAAAUCGACGAUUCUGAAUCAUA